CACAAAUCCUUUGUGUGUUAACAAAUAUGCUUAUGCCAAAAGUGCUUUUAAGUUCUCUUAACAUAAGCAUUCUCAAGCGGAGUGCUUUCCAAAAGAUUGACUCUUGUACAAAGAAAAUGUCAUUGUGACAUGAUUGUGUCCCUUUGCAAGUAAGUUUCUCUUGUAUUUGGCAGCAUUUCCAAGUGGGUCUUCAUAUACGUAUAUAUCACUACAUGACUAGUCAAAUAUUGUGACUUAGUACUACGGUUUAAUGAUAUUUCUCUUUACUUGUAAGUGAGAGGUUUUGGAUUCGAUUCAGGUUCGAUUCUUGCUAAAGACGAAUUUGUAAGUGAGAGGUCAUAGGUUCAAUUCUCACCAAAGGACGAACUUGAAAUACAUUAUUGCUAACCUAUUGUGAGGUUAAGUCCAUCUCCUUUCUUAGUGUGAUAUUAAUAAUUUAAUAUCAUUUAUUAAAAAAAUUAAAAAAAAAAAAAAACUAGUCGAAUACCGGAUAGGCCCAAAAUAAUUGGGUCAGUUGGGCUCUGGUACAAAAAAAACGCGGGAAAAAAAAAACAGAAAGGAAUAAAUAUUAUUUGUCUCUUCUGGAACAUUCUACAAGCUUCUAUUGCCCCUUCCUCAAGUUUCUCCACACACUCUCUCUCGCUCACUGAAUCCGAAUAUAUUACAUAAACCCUAAACAAUCUCAUACUCUGUUGAAAUUGUUUGCCUUCAUUUCAUGGUCAAAUGGCGAGCAGGAGAGUCACCACGACACUCACCAAGUCGGCCCUAAUUCUGGCGUCCCUGAACGCCACUGAAUCCUCGAGAAUCCCUCUCUCUCGGAGUCGGGCAAUCGCCGUCGCCGCAUCCGCCCGGACCUUCGGCAGCUCUGCCGUUCCCUUCUCUCGCCCCAGCUUUGUUCCCGAGAGCAGAAAUGUCGCUUCGGCCAAGUAUUUGGUAAGCGCCUUCACUCGCAGCUUCCACUCUACGACUCCCAAUUUCUCCUCCGCCACGAGCUCCUCUCAGGCCAAUCAAAAUGAGUUCACUGAGAUGGCGUGGGAGGACAUUGUUGGUGCCGUUGACGCCGCCCGAAAUAGCAAGCAGCAGGUGGUGGAGUCUGAGCACUUGAUGAAAGCGCUUUUGGAGCAGAAAGAUGGUUUGGCCCGGAGAAUUUUCACGUAGGCUGGGCUCGACAACACUACGGUUCUUCAAGCACCCGACAACUUCAUUGAUAAGCAACCCAAGGUGACGGGUGGCACCAGUGGCCCUAUUAUGGGUUCACAUCUGGUUGGCUUGUUGGACAAUGCUCGGCGGCAGAAGAAAGAUAUGAAAGAUGAUUUCGUUUCGGUGGAGCACCUUGUGUUGGCGUUUCAGGCUGAUACGUGGUUUGGGCAGCAAUUGUUCAGAAACCUCCAGCUUAGUGAUAAGGAUUUGAAGGAGGCUGUUAAAGAUGUUCGUGGCAACCAGAGAGUCACUGAUCAAAAUCCUGAAGGAAAAUAUGAGGCCUUGGAUAAGUACGGGAAUGAUUUGACUGAACUCACUAGGCGUGGCAAACUUGAUCCUGUCAUAGGCCGAGAUGAUGAAAUACGGCGGUGUAUCCAGAUAUUGUCUAGGAGAACGAAGAAUAAUCCUGUUAUUAUUGGUGAGCCUGGUGUGUGAAAAACAGCAAUCGCUGAAGGAUUAGCUCAACGAAUUGUGCGUGCUGAUGUUCCAGAACCGCUAUUGAAUAGAAAGUUGAUUUCUUUAGAUAUGGGAUCGUUGGUUGCUGGUGCCAAAUUUCGUGGGGAUUUUGAGGAAAGAUUGAAAGCUGUUCUGAAGGAAGUUACUGCUUCCAAUGGGCAGAUUAUUUUAUUUAUUGAUGAAAUUCAUACUGUUGUAGGAGCUGGGGCUACAACUGGUGCGAUGGAUGCUGGGAACUUGUUGAAACCAAUGCUUGGGCGAGGUGAGCUUCGGUGUAUAGGAGCAACUACAUUGAAUGAGUACAGAAACAUUGAGAAGGAUGCUGCACUUGAGCGUAGAUUUCGAAGUGCAGCAGUUCUCUCAGACAGAUACAUUACAGAACGUUUUUUGCCUGACAAAGCCAUUGAUCUGGUUGAUGAAGCUGAUGCAAAGCUGAAGAUGGAGAUCACAUCUAAGCCAACCGAGUUGGAUGAGGUAGACCCAGCUGUGUUGAAGUUGGAGAUGGAGAAGCUAUCAGUGCAAAAUGACACUGAUAAAUCAUCGAAACAAAGGUUAAGCAAGUUGGAAAGUGACCUGGCAGUGCUGAAACAGAAACAGAAAGAACUAAAUGAACAAUGGGAUCAUGAGAAGGCUCUCAUGACUCGCAUACGAUCAAUUAAAGAAGAGAUUUGAGUAAAUCAAGAGAUGGAAGCUGCUGAACGAGACUACAACCUAAAUCGUGGCUUACAAUGCCAGUUAGACGAGGCUGAGAACACUGCCGAGUAUCGGAAGUCUGGAAACUCUUUGCUUCGUGAAGAAGUCACAGAUCUUGAUAUUGCUGAAAUUGUAAGCAAAUGGACUGGCAUACCGUUGUCAAACCUUCAACAGUCAGAAAGAGACAAGCUCGUUAUGCUGGAACAGGUUCUUCAUAAGAGGGUGAUUGGUCAAGAUAUAGCUGUGAAAUCAGUAGCUGAUGCAAUUCGACGUUCAAGGGCAGGUCUAUCUGACCCAAAUCGACCAAUAGCUAGUUUUAUGUUUACGGGUCCUACUGGUGUGGGAAAAACCGAGCUUGCAAAGGCCUUGGCUAGCUAUCUCUUUAACACUGAAAAUGCCGUCAGAAUUGAUAUGAGUGAGUACAUGGAAAAACAUGCGGUUUCACGCUUGGUUGGGGCACCACCUGGUUACGUCGGUUAUGAAGAAGUUGGGCAGCUAACAGAAGUGGUUCGUCGAAGACCUUAUUGUGUAGUGCUAUUCGAUUAAAUUGAGAAAGCGCAUCAUGAUGUCUUCAACAUUUUGUUACAACUGUUGGAUGAUGGGAACUUUGGCGCAAGGCCGGUGAAGCGGGUGAUACAACAGUUGGUUGAGAAUGAAAUUGCAAUGGGAGUCCUGAGAGGAGAUUUCAACGAGAAAGACUCGCUUAUUGUCGAUGCUGAGGCGUCCCCGUCCGCCAAACACCUUCCUCCCCAGAAGAGGUUGCGUAUCAAGAAAUUGGAGAGCACUUCUGCUGCAGAUGCCAUGGUUGUGAACGACUGAUCCUUUUCGGUUCUUCGAAUUGUAAAUAAGUUUUAAGAAAAAGGUCAGUGCUUGUUUGUCUUAAUUUGUGGGGUUACAGUUACAAGGAAAUAGAACAAAGUUAUCUUCGUAUUUGGCUGUUA